AUGGUAUCAUGGUAUAAUAAAAUAUUUUCUUCUACUAAUCUACGACGUUUGCUAAUUAUUGGUGGUAGUGGUGUAGCAAUUACCGCAGCAUUUUCACUAUUAAAAAUUGAUUUAAAUGGUUCAACACGUUUUCGUACAGUUUUGGCAGAUAAUAGUGAUAUUCACGGCCAACUUAACAAACGAAUUUCUGGGCAAUUGCCUACACGAAAAGAUUUAAUUAGCUCACUUAAAAGUGAUAAAUUCGAUGUCUUAGUAAUUGGUGGUGGUGCUACUGGUGCCGGUGUUGCUUUGGAUGCACAAACUCGAGGUCUUAAAACAGCCUUAGUUGAAUUGGAUGAUUUUUCGAGUGGUACAAGUUCACGAAGUACAAAAUUGAUACAUGGCGGUGUGCGUUAUCUUCAAGCGGCAAUAUUUGGUUUAGAUAUUGAACAAUAUCGAAUGGUUAAAGAAGCUUUAUUCGAGCGUGCUAAUCUCAUUCAUUGUGCGCCACAUCUAUCAUAUCCAUUACCAAUUAUGUUACCUAUAUAUAAGCUAUGGCAAGUACCAUACUAUUGGUUAGGUAUAAAAGCGUACGAUAUUGUUUCUGGUGGGCGAGUGUUAAAAAAAUCUUAUUAUAUAAAUAAGACACAAGCACUGGAACUUUUUCCGAUGUUAAAAAAAGAAUCAUUAGUUGGUGCUUUGAUGUAUUAUGAUGGUCAACAUAAUGAUUCUCGAAUGAAUAUCGCAAUAAUUUUAUCCGCAAUACGUCAUGGUGCAAAAGCCGUAAAUCAUGUUAAAGUUAGCAAAUUACUAAAAAAUACAGAAGGUAUAGUAUGCGGUGCUCACGUUACUGAUACUUUAACUGGUGAAGAAUGGGAUGUUGAAGCUAAAGCUGUAGUAAAUGCUACCGGUCCAUUUACUGAUUCAAUUCGUUUGAUGGCCGAUCCAGAUACUACACCAAUAUGUCAACCAUCAGCUGGUGUUCAUAUUGUACUUCCUGGAUAUUACAGUCCAUCAUCAACAGGAUUACUUGAUCCUUCGACAAGUGAUGGCCGUGUAAUAUUCUUCCUUCCAUGGCAACGUAUGACUGUAGCCGGAACAACAGAUGCACCAGUAUCGCUUACUUUUCAUCCAUCACCAAAUGAUGUUGACAUUGAAUUUAUUCUUCGAGAAAUAAGAAAUUAUCUUUCAAGUGAUGUUACAGUUCGCAGAGGUGAUGUAAUGAGUGCAUGGUCAGGUUUAAGGCCAUUAGUAAGAGAUCCUAAUAAAAAAGAUACAAAAUCAUUGGCACGUAAUCAUGUCAUUGAAGUUUCAAAAAGUGGAUUAGUAACAAUUGCAGGCGGAAAAUGGACAACAUAUAGGCAUAUGGCUGAAGAAACAGUGGAUAAAGUGAUUGAAGUUGCAAAUUUACAACCAAUACGAAAAUGUGUUACAGCUGGAUUAUUACUUGAGGGAGCACAUAACUGGGAUCCAUUAUUACAUAUUCGUCUUGUGCAGGAUUAUGGUGUCGAUGAAGAUGUUGCACGACAUUUAGCUUCAACAUAUGGUGAUAAAGCAUUUGCAGUUGCUAGAAUGUCAAAAAUUACCGGAAAACGAUGGCCAAUUAUUGGACAUCGAUUGCAUUCAGAAUUUCCUUAUAUUGAAGCUGAGGUGGAAUAUGCCGUGAAAGAAUAUGCAUGUACUGCUAUUGAUGUAAUUGCACGUCGUUUACGUUUAGCAUUUCUAAAUACAUAUGCAGCAUAUGAAGUACUUGAUAAAGUGGUUGAUAUAAUGGGUAAAGAAUUAAAUUGGUCAGCAGCAGAGAAAAAGAAUCAAUUGAAUAUGGCUCGAGAAUUUAUUGAGGUUGAAAUGGGUCAAAAUGCUCGUGAACAUUCACUUUCUACGGUACCAUUAAGUUUAACAGCAGAAGAAAUGCAAGCAGCACGUGAACGCUUCCGAACGUUAGAUAAGGAAAAUAAAGGACAUAUAACAUUAAAUGAUCUUAGACGUCAUUUUCAAAAACAUGAUAGUAAAAUAGAUGAAAGUUUACUUCAUGAAUUACUCAAUGAAGUUGACUUGAAUAAAAAUGGAGAGAUUGAUCUUAAUGAAUUUUUCCAAUUAUAUAGUGGUUUGAAAGGUGGACAAAUAGCACAAAAUCGUUUAGCACGAUAUUUGGAUGAAUUUGAACCAAUGCCAGUGUCAGUGUUACGCUCAGGAGGCGGAAUUUAA